CAGAGUCGAACGGAAUAAAGCUAUUUUCUCCUUUCUCCGCAGACCGAGCUGGAAGAGAAAUUGGAGGAAAUUAGGAACGAGGAGACGGAGGAGAGGAAGGAGAAGAGGAAGGAAGUCGAGCGUUGGAAGCAGUAUGCGCUUAUCCAGGCUACAUGCUACAAAGACCUAGCCUCCGUGAACUACAUCAUUGAGACAGGAGUCAAUCCCAACUGCAGAGACAGCUACGGUAGCACGCCCCUCCACGUCGCCGCAUCUCAUAGCGACCCCGACAUAACGUCAGCGCUGCUAGAUGCUGGAGCCAAAACGGAGGCGAGGGACCAGUUCGGAGACAUGCCCCUACACACAGCCACGCGGGCGGGGUCUGUGGGCGUGGUGAAAGCGCUCCUGGACAAGGGGGCGAAUAAGUACGCCAGAGAUUAUGAAGAAAAAACAGCGGCAGAGUUAGCAGCAGCCUUUGGGCAUACAGAACUGCUGGGACCUCUGUACGACGAAUCCAAGCCUCUCCUCCACAUAGCGGCUGCCAAUAACCACGAAUCGACGUACUGGAGUCUCCUGGAUGCCGGCUUUCCCCCACGGGCACCGUGGGAGGGCUGCCCUGCUUACGCAUACGCCGAAGCGGCAGGUCACUACUGUCUGGCGGCUCGCCUCGCGCUCGUGAGAGGCCGCUGUAUAGGCAGAUUGCCGUACUACCUCUUCGGGUGGCUCCCUUUUAUGCGGCCCGUUGCUUGGAUCAUCUUCUUCCUCGUCUUCUCUAAGAAGAAGAAGCCCUCGAUGAGCACAGUGGAGAAAAUGAUGGCGAAGGAAGGACCAAGGCAGAUGAUACCCAUUAGUGACACAGAAGAUUCGCCUCGAGAUACCUUGGGCAAUGAACGUGACUACCCCUCGUCCUCACUUGCAAUCGAAAAUGAACAAUCCAUGGAAACCAGCCUGUACAGCACUUUCGCCAGAACCUUUCAGUUACUUCUUGCGUAUUUUCGGUUGUUCACACAGAUUUUCGUCACCCAACUGUACAAUCUAGCACCAGCAUUGGAACUCCAGACGGAUUCGGCCGCGGUGCGAGGCGUUGCAGGAUCUCAGGAAAGGAGUAACAGGAUGAAAUCGACAUCCCUUCCUAACGCUUCACAUCCGUUCCCCCCAAAGGUGGGGUCGAAAACAGGCGACGAAGGAAGACUGAGCCAGGGAAACAAGAGGGAUUUCUCUAGAUCUGCUGACUUCCUCCUUGAUCACGUCUCAAAGGAGCCAAAACGCGAACGUUCGAGACCUCCUCCUGGACUCCCAAACAUCGGCAACACCUGUUACAUGAAUUCUGUGCUUCAGUGUUUCUACCACACAUUGCCAGUCACGAAUUUCUUCCUCAAUGAGAAUUUGAGGAAAAACAUCAACUACAACAGCGAACAGCAAGGAAGGGUUGCCACAGUUUAUGGCGAGCUGGUAAGAGCCAUGGCCGAGGGGCGUAACCUCUUCGAUGCGGUCACACGCAUGAAGCAAAUAUCCGGUGUCUUUGACGUAUACCUUAGAGACUACGGCCAGAAGGAACCGCACGAUUUCUUGGGCGUCACGCUGGGCUGGUUGCAUUCGGACCUCGCGAGAACAUCCAAUGACCUCAACCGCACCUCAGACGCCAUGUCCUCAGUCAUCUCAGACAACUUCCACAUCCAACACCUCAACGUCAUCACCUGCGAGAAACGUCAGCAGCCGAUCGUCAUAAAGACCGUGUCGCACUCCAACCUCACUCUCGCUGUGUGCUCCAGCAAGGGCGUAGACCUGGAGACACUCCUGGCGAAUUACUACACACCUCAGUAUAUACAAUGGGACUGCGAUUUGUGCGGGUCGAACCACAAAUGCCGUCAAGAAACAAUCAUUCUCCGUCUUCCACCGUUCCUUAUCAUUCAUCUCAGCAGGUACAACGUCCAAAACCCUCACGCACCCAAAGUCGGCGUACAGUUCCCGGAGACUCUUGACUGUAUGAAGAAAUUCUGUGGCUUUAGCAACGAUAGAAAAUACAGCAUUUAUGGCAUAUGUGCCCAUGAAGGGACCAUGAAAUUCGGUCAUUGUAUUUCAGUCUGUAGACAAAGUAAACAAGGACAAGCCAGUGAAGAAGGUUGUGCAGGGUGGCACUUGUGUAAUGAUAAUACAGUGCUUCCCAAAGAGGAUCAUAGUGUUAUAGGGAACGAAAAUGCUCAUAUUCUCUUCUACGAGGCCUUGUGAGAUUGUCUUAUUUUGGGCGUGAGUUUCAUUCCUUGUGUUGAAUUUUACAUGUGUUUAACUUGUUUUCUUUUUUUCGAUUUUUUAGUCCUUGUAAUAUUUUCUGCAUUUGAAUUGGAUUUGUGUUUUGUAUUUUCAGAAUCUGUAGUGUUUUCCUUACUUUAUUCAAAUUUUCUUUCUUUUGCUCUUUCAUUCCUGUUUUAUGAUUGUUCAUAUUACUUAUAUAUCACUCUCCCUCCUCUUUCCAUUUUGAAUUAUAUAUAAGCAAAACUCCUCUUCCUUUUUAGCCAUUCAAGUUCCAUUUAUGCAGAGGUUCAUAAAGGCCGAGAGUUGCCCAGUGUCCAGCCAGUAUUAUCCCCUUUAAUCAAUCCCAAAUAUUAGUUAAUGUCGUGAGACCAGUAGAACCCACGGCUGGCUGUCUUGGUCUAAUCAGAUUAAUCUAAAAAAAAAAUAAAGAGUGGUAUUAAGAGUUCUUGAGCGUCUUCUCUAAACUCUAAACUUCAAGGAUUACCCUGUGACGCAUCCUUUCUUGUUCGUCUCCUUGUCAUGUAGGGAUAUGUGUGUUUUUUACCUGCUUGUUUUAACAGGAAACGAGUAUGUUAGUGUAUGUUGAUAAACAUGAUUUGUGUCAGUACUUUUUACAACUGUUUCUUCAUGUAUUUCUAUUUUCGGUAAGUAUGGAGCUAUUCAAAGAAUGUAUGAUUAUGUAAUGAUUAAAUUAUUCACAGAC